UUGAAAAACUUAGGAUUCGAUCAAUCAGACAUUGAAUGUAGUCCUGAAGUUAAAUUGAAAACUGAAAACCUCGACCAAGACCCUGAAUAUAAGGACAGAAUUGGGAAACUCAUUAGUUUUCGCACUUCUCUCAAUGAUUCUACUGACUCAAACAGCUUCUUAGAAGAAUCAUUGUUAACUCAAGAUAACACAGAUUGUUCUUGUAAUAAAGAUACUUCACUUUACAAAUGCUGUGACAACUCAUCACGAAUGAGAGCCAGUCUGGCUACACAAGAAGCGGAGUUUACGAGUGGUCUAGAUCUGGCUAAGAACAUUAUAAGUGAUGGCUUUUACUGUUUCGAAAAGUUCUGUGAUAAGAUGGAGGAGAAGAAGAAUAAGAGGGGAGAUGUUACCAGCUCUCAAGAGAAAAAAGAGUGA